AUGGCUUCGUUCGACUACUCAAAAACCAUGGAUUUCCUUUCAACCUCGCCUACCACCACAACGGACGACAGCUCCUGCGACGACUCGACUGGCCCUACUACGCCCGAGAGCAUAAGCCCACUGCUUGGGGCUGCCUGUGUAGAGGAUGUUCUUGAGACGCCACUGGCCAGCUACCUGAGCAGUCAAAAGUCUCCAGUCAAUGUGCUUCCGACAAAAAGACUGCCCUUUCAACAUGUCGGUGCUAGUCAACGGGAGCUUCUGUUUUCCAAGCCAGUGAGACACAUUGCCGUGGUUGGGGCCGGCUAUGUUGGCGGUCCCACAGCCGCUGUCAUCGCUUUGCAUAACCCCCAUAUACGCGUGGAUGUGCUAGAUAAGGAUCCACGGCGCGUGCGUCGGUGGAACUCGCCUCACCUUCCUAUCUAUGAAUCGGGCCUCAUUGAUAUCGUUCGAGUGAGCCGCGAUGGUGCGAGCACCUGUUUACGAGCCACUGCAGAUAAACCACACCAAAGUACCCCAACAAAUCACCCCCCUAAUCUAUUCUUCACUACCGAUUCGCAGACCAGUUUGGCCAGAGCCGAUGUGGUCAUGUUGGCCGUUAACACGCCCACGAAGACAUUUGGUAUUGGUUCCGGCCGUGCGACUAACAUGACAACUUUCGACGCAGCAGCCAAAGAAGUAGCAUUGUAUGCCAGGCCUGGCACAAUCAUUGUCGAGAAAAGCACUGUUCCAUGUGGCACGGCUCAGCGCGUGAGAAAAAUGCUUGAUGAAGUCCGCCCCGGUGUGGAUUUUGAAAUUCUUUCCAACCCCGAAUUCCUUUCUGAGGGAUCUGCAGUGCGAAACUUGAUGCAACCUGAUCGCGUCCUCAUUGGAUCAGCCAAAACUCCCUCGGGGCGGCGGGCGGCGGAGGCUCUUGCCAAUGUCUAUGCUGCCUGGGUUCCUCGUCCCCGGAUUCUAGAAAUCGAUGCCUGGUCAUCUGAGCUGGCUAAGCUAGUCAGCAACGCAAUGUUGGCUCAGCGCAUUAGCAGCAUCAAUUCGAUUAGUGCUAUCUGUGAUCGAACGGGGGCUGAUAUUGAUGAGAUUGCCAAAUCAGCUGGCCUCGACCCUCGAAUUGGCCCACAGUUCCUCAAGGCUGGCCUGGGGUUCGGCGGGUCAUGUUUCCGCAAAGAUAUUGCAAGUUUAACGUACCUUUCCGAGUCGCUGGGGUUGCCUGAGGUAGCACACUAUUGGAGUCAAGUCAACUCGAUGAACGAGUGGCAGCGAGACCGAUUUGCCCAGAAAGUUAUCCAGCGCAUGGAAGAAAAUCUAGUCGGCAAGAAGAUUGGUAUUCUGGGAUUUGCUUUCAAGAAAAACACUGGCGAUACGCGCGAGUCGCUGGCAGUGGACGUCAUUCGAGCGUUGUUGCAGGAGAGACCGGCAGAGAUUGCAAUCUUCGACCCAUGCUGUCUGUCAGAGGAUAUCAUGAGCGAGCUUGAGCCGGUCCUAAAUGCCACAAACCGUGAGCGAGUCCACGUUUAUUCAGACGCUUAUCAGGCAUGCCAACAAGCGAAUGCGGUGGUUAUCAUCAAUGACUCGGAUCCAUUCCGUCAAUCGCCCGCGGGGCAGUUUAUCGAACCGAGUAUUGACCUGUCUGCGAAAACGAAGAAUAUCCCAUAUUAUGAUAAUAGCAUUCGAAACAUGCAAUAUAUGGCUAGUAAGCAGGAAGGAGAGAUGGUCAUUGAAGGAAGUCGCUUCUCUUACCGACCAGGUCAAUCACCUAUUUGCGCCGAAGACUGCCCAGACUGUCAAUCAACAAAGUUGCGAGGAACCAUUUCAAACGAGCCAGUCGAGUGGGCACGUAUUGCUUAUGGCAUGAAAGAUCCAAAAUGGAUAUUCGACGGUCGUGGCGUAUUAGAUGUGCCAGAAAUGGAGAAAUUGGGUUAUCGGGUAGAGACGCUGGGUCGUCACACGAUGUCUCGUCAGACAUGA